GUAGUCAUUCGAGGCUUGAUUGGAUCGCCUUAUGCUGAUGGUCUGUUUAAGCUGGAUAUACAAAUACCUCCAAGGUUUCCCUUUGAACCACCAUGCAUCCAGUUUAUUACUCCAAUCUAUCACCCAAACAUUGAUGACCAUGGGCGUAUCUGCCUAGAUGUUUUGAAGAUGCCUCCCAAGGGAUCUUGGAAACCUUCUAUCCAUUUGUCUGGCGUACUCAACUCAAUUAGAAUGCUCAUGCUUGAACCCAACCCUGACGAUCCACUUUCUGAGAAUAUCGCAUCGGAGUUCAAGAUGGACCAUGCACUAUUUACCAGCAAAGCAAAAGAGAGUACCAAACGACAUGCUUCUGGAUCU